CAUUACCCUAAGGUACACCUACACCUAUUGUACCUCACCUACAUCACCUAGGAGGUACAUCACGCUCGCUGCUCCCCGCUGUCGCCGCCGCCACCCACCGGGCCUCGCCGUCUUGAGCCCCGAGAGUGACUCUUGCAUUCCGCGUCGACGAGAGUAGUCUAGCCCAUGUCCUGCCUUUCGCUCGGUGCGCGACGUCAUUUGCUGCUGUAUUCGUUCCAGACGCUCUGCAGGUGCACUCUUACUACUCUGCUGCUGCACACUCGCCUCACACCCGCAUCCUCGUCGGCCACUGUCUGCUAGGAGGUACCUCCUAGUCUACAUACAGUACCUCCCUCCCGCCCUACUAAGGCACUACCUACAUACCUACAUAGGUACCUUACCUACCUACCGCCUACAGCCCUCAGCUACCUCCCUUCUCCUCUCCCUUCCUGCUUACCGUAGUCGGCGAGAGAGAGAGAGAAGAGAGAGAGAGCAAGCAAUGCUUGAGGGCCGCUGCCGCCAUCGAACAACCUCACCUUCUUCGUCCCUCGCGUGACCCUUCCCUCCUCGACCCUCUCGUGUCUACCUACCUACCUACCGUACCUAUUCUCCUCAGGACGACGACAUUCGACCAACGCACGCACGCACGCACGCAAUCACGCACGCACGCUCGCUCGACCCACUCUUCCUCACGGCACCCAAACUGUGGUGCGGUGCGCCGUGCCACUGCAGCUGACCACCGUUGCGGUCAUCGACUAUCGAUUACGCCUCCCAACACCCUCGACCGACGGACAACAUGACACAGACUGCAACCUCCCCCCGAUAUCACUCCCAGCGAGCCAAGCAGGCUCGCUCCUCCACCACACCCGCCGGUAACCCAGACAUGGCUCCCUUCUUGUCGCCGCGCAUGACCAGCCCUCAGCGCCGCAAUGCGCCUGGCACGCCCUCGCCCAACUACUUUGGCUUCAAGGCCGACGAAACUUCAUACAUGAGUGACAACCAUGCCAAGAACAACUGGAGUCCGCCUUCCUCCACCGUCCGUUCGACUGCCGCAUUGUCACCCAGCGUGGUACCGCUGGAUCAAAGUGCAGAGUAUGAAGCCUUCAAGAAACAGUCGGAGGGCGGCAAGGGCUUCAGCCUUGGUGGCGGUCUGAAUACAUACAAGAUCAGUCUUCCAGGCUCGGGGUUUAACCCCAAUCCUAGCCUGGUAUCGAGGCCUGGUCAUAGCAGAACGACUAGUCGGGCCUCCGUCAGUCAAACUUCUUCACGCCAAAGCACAGCGCCACGAGAGAUACCCGUAUUGGCGGCGUCACAUCGCGCCGUGUUGGACGCAUCGACGAGUGAACUGUCUAGGUCGCCCAAGCGAACGCAUAGUCCGAGCUCACAUACAGAAAGCAAACGCCGCGCCUCGCCACCCAUCCUGGACAGCAUGCACCAUGCCAUGUCACCAGGCAAGAUGGACGAGUCCUCACCGAAGCCUUCUGACGGUGGUAAUAUGCGAUUACAGUUGCCGCUUGACAAAAUGGCACAGUCAUAUAAUCUUCACAAGGCUCGUGCAGAAACAUUGCCCGCAUCCAUGGAUGCGAGCGACGAAGUAUUCGCCACACCCCAGCACAUUGUGAACCUUCUCGACACCCAGAACGAGAAUAUGUUGCUUCUGGAUCUGCGCGUACAGACACAGUAUGCAAACUCGCAUAUCAGUUCAGCGCUCAAUUUGUGCAUACCCACAACAUUACUCAAACGACCGUCCUUUAAUGUACAGAAGCUUGCGGACACUUUCAAGGAUGAAGAGCAGCGGGCCAAGUUUGAGAAUUGGAGGAAAAGCAGCUAUAUCGUCGUGUACGAUGCUAACUGCGCUGUGCUCAAAGAUGCGACCAUUUGCCUCAAUACGAUCAAGAAGUUUCGCGGGGAAGGCUACGAUGGUACACUGUACAUUGUGAAGGGCGGAUUUCAGGAAUUUGCUAAGCGCUUUCCCAAGUAUGUCGAGAGUGGGCUGUACUCUGCGACAGGGGAUUCUCAGGGAGUCAACGGCGAUGGCCCGCAAGUGGCGCCAGCCGUGGGAGGAUGUCCCAUGCCCUCGACCGACAAUCCAGCUAACCCGUUCUUUGGCAAUAUCAGGCAGAACAUGGAUCUGAUUGGCGGCGUCGGACAAAUUGAGCUCAUGCAUCCAGCGGAAGAGACGAGCUCUGCAGAGGAUGAAUACCCAGAAUGGAUCAAAAUCGCGGCGGCCAAGUCAGACAAGGGAAAGAAGGUGGCAAAUCGGUUUGAGCAGAUUGAGCGUCGGGAGAAAAAGCGCAUGGAGGAUGCACUCUCCGGAAAGGUUCACUUUGGCACUCCCACGAAGCAGGACGCCUCAGAUGCAGUCCGCAUCGCUGGCUUGGAGAAGGGCAGCAAGAAUCGUUACAACAACAUCUGGCCAUUCGAGCAUUCUCGCGUGCGUUUGCAGGGCAUUCCCAACCAUGGAUGCGAUUACUUCAACGCCAGUCACAUCAAAGCCUCGUGGAGCAACAAACGCUACAUCUCGACACAGGCACCCAUUCCUGCCACAUUUAACGACUUCUGGAAUGUAGUGUGGCAGCAAGAUGUACGUGUUGUAGUCAUGCUCACGGCCGAGAAGGAGGGUGCUCAAGUCAAAGCACAUAACUAUUGGGACCAGAGAAGCUACGGAUCGAUACAUCUGGACUUCUUGUCGGAGAAGCGUGCCUCGCUGGAACCCACUCGGAUACGUAAGGCGCAUCAGAAGAGGCCUUCAGUGCAGCGCCAGACGACGAAGUCGCAAAAUCCCGGUGUGCCCCUGGCCCCUAUCAACAAUUCGGACGAGAAGAUCGGCAACAGUGAACAGCCAUUUGUGAUUGUGCGCAAGUUCACCAUCAGGCACGAUCGCUUUCCCUUUGAGCCCAUGCGAGAAAUCACGCAGCUCCAGUACUCGAGCUGGCCUGACUUUGGUGCUCCCGCGCAUCCUGCCCAUCUUCUCGGCCUGGUGGAACAAACCAAUGCCGUCGUUCGCGCCACGAGCUCGAUUGCACGGGCCGGCGCAGCAGAGGACAGCGAACGACCUGUUCUUGUGCAUUGUUCUGCUGGAUGCGGACGCACAGGCACCUUCUGCACUGUCGACAGCGUGAUUGACAUGAUCAAGCGUCAGCGACUCAGUCGCGAGUCAUCGCGAGAGAACACGCCCAUGGACAUUGACCCGAGCCCAAAGCACAAGAAGCAGUCCCGAACAGAUACGGAGCGCAAUGAUGCGAUGCGGAGAGGCAGCAAUGGUGGAUUCUUCGCUUCCCAGCAUCCCGAGCCCGAGGGCAAACCCGAAAGCGCUUGGGUGACGCGCGACGAUGUGGAUCUGGUGGAGAAGACGGUCGAGGACUUUCGGCAUCAGCGCAUCAGUAUGGUACAGAGCCUGCGACAGUUUGUGUUAUGCUAUGAGAGCAUUAUGGAGUGGAUGGUGCAACAACGAGAGACUCAUAAAGAGCAGGGACAAUUGAGCAAGUCAUAGGAGAGUGCGACAACUCCAUGGAUGGAUGGGCUGCUCGUCGCUGUGGAGCAGAAAUGCGUGAAUCGGGAGGAAGGGCAUUGCUGGGACAGCGUUCAGAAUGGCCCAUGAGUUAUAACGCGACCCUUUUCACCCCUAAAGAGUGCACGUGUGGAAAUGGCGGUUCCUGUGUCCAGUGGCUCUGUGCAUAGCUCUGUGCAUAAGUCCGACAUAUGGGUGUGCUGGUGAGGGACCACACCUAUAGGUAUUUAUCUUCUUCGAAUGCAUGGUGAGGCCAAGCGACCUCGCAUAAUUGCAGGACUAUGGUUUACUACUACUACUACUACUACUACUACUACUAUUAAACGCU